UGGACUCGGGGGCCGCAAGCGCGGCGUGGGGGGGGCGCGGCCCCAGGGGCUUCUUAAACCCCCCGCCCCGGCCCGGCCCGCACUUCCCGAGCACUGCUCCGCCCCCGGAGGGAGAGAGAGAGAGACAGAGAGAGAGAGCGCGGCCGAGGAGCCGAGGAGGCCAGCCGAGUCCCACCAGCCAGGGCGCGAGACAAGUUGAGAGCAGCGCAGCGCAGAGCUGCGAGUCCCGCGGUCGCACCCCGACAGCACCCCGACAGCGCCCCGACAGCGCCCCAGCCCCAGCCCGAGCCCAGCCCGAGCCCAGCAGGCAGAGCAGCCCCCGCCCCAGCCCGCGCCAGCAUGAUGAACAACAGCAGCUACUCAGAGGCCGCCGGCCUCGGCCUGGGCGACGAGGUGGACGACAUGCCGUCCACGGAGAAGGACCUGGCGGAGGACGCGCCGUGGAAGAAGAUCCAGCAGAACACGUUCACGCGCUGGUGCAACGAGCACCUGAAGUGUGUGGGCAAGCGCCUGACCGACCUGCAGCGAGACCUCAGCGACGGGCUGCGCCUCAUCGCGCUGCUCGAGGUGCUCAGCCAGAAGCGCAUGUAUCGCAAGUUCCACCCGCGCCCCAACUUCCGCCAGAUGAAGCUGGAGAACGUGUCCGUGGCCCUCGAGUUCCUGGAGCGCGAGCACAUCAAGCUCGUGUCCAUCGACAGCAAGGCCAUUGUGGAUGGGAACCUGAAGCUGAUCCUGGGUCUGAUCUGGACGCUGAUCCUACACUACUCCAUCUCCAUGCCCAUGUGGGAAGAUGAGGAGGACGAGGACGCCCGCAAGCAGACGCCCAAGCAGCGUCUGCUCGGCUGGAUCCAGAACAAGGUGCCCCAGCUGCCCAUCACUAACUUCAACCGUGACUGGCAGGAUGGCAAAGCUCUGGGCGCCCUGGUGGACAACUGUGCCCCUGGCCUGUGCCCUGACUGGGAAGCCUGGGACCCCAACCAGCCUGUGGAGAACGCCCGGGAGGCCAUGCAGCAGGCGGACGACUGGCUCGGGGUGCCCCAGGUGAUUGCCCCCGAGGAGAUUGUGGACCCCAACGUGGAUGAGCAUUCUGUCAUGACCUACCUGUCCCAGUUCCCCAAGGCCAAACUCAAACCUGGUGCCCCUGUUCGCUCUAAACAGCUGAACCCCAAGAAGGCCAUCGCCUACGGGCCUGGCAUCGAGCCCCACGGCAACACUGUGCUACAGCCUGCCCACUUCACCGUGCAGACGGUGGAUGCCGGCGUGGGCGAGGUGCUGGUCUACAUUGAGGACCCUGAGGGCCACACCGAGGAGGCCAAAGUGGUUCCCAACAAUGACAAGAACCGCACCUAUGCUGUCUCCUAUGUGCCCAAGGUUGCGGGGUUGCACAAGGUGACUGUGCUCUUUGCUGGCCAGAAUAUCGAACGCAGUCCCUUUGAGGUGAACGUGGGCAUGGCUCUGGGAGAUGCCAACAAGGUGUCAGCCCGUGGCCCUGGCCUGGAGCCUGUGGGCAAUGUGGCCAACAAACCCACGUACUUUGACAUCUAUACUGCGGGGGCUGGCACUGGUGAUGUUGCCGUGGUGAUCGUGGACCCGCAGGGCCGGCGGGACACAGUGGAGGUGGCCCUGGAGGACAAGGGCGACAGCACGUUCCGAUGCACGUACAGGCCUGUGAUGGAGGGGCCCCACACGGUGCAUGUGGCCUUCGCUGGUGCCCCCAUCACCCGCAGUCCUUUCCCCGUCCAUGUAGCUGAAGAGCCCUUGCCGUCACACGUCCCCUCCGUGCCCAUCAUCCACCAGGCCAAGAAAGUGGUGCCACCCUGUAACCCUAAUGCCUGCCGUGCCUCUGGGCGGGGCCUACAGCCCAAGGGUGUGCGUGUGAAAGAGGUGGCUGAUUUCAAGGUGUUCACUAAGGGUGCCGGCAGCGGGGAGCUCAAGGUCACAGUCAAAGGGCCAAAGGGCACAGAAGAGCCAGUGAAAGUGCGAGAGGCUGGAGAUGGCGUGUUCGAGUGUGAGUACCACCCUGUGGUGCCUGGGAAGUAUGUGGUGACCAUCACGUGGGGCGGCUACGCCAUCCCCCGCAGUCCUUUUGAGGUACAGGUGAGCCCAGAGGCAGGAGCGCAGAAGGUACGGGCCUGGGGUCCCGGCCUGAAAACUGGCCAGGUGGGGAAGUCGGCCGACUUUGUGGUGGAGGCCAUUGGCACGGAGGUGGGGACACUGGGAUUCUCCAUCGAGGGGCCCUCACAGGCCAAGAUCGAGUGUGAUGACAAGGGGGAUGGCUCCUGCGAUGUGCGGUACUGGCCCACGGAGCCUGGGGAGUACGCCGUGCACGUCAUCUGCGAUGACGAGGACAUCCGAGACUCACCCUUCAUUGCCCACAUCCAGCCAGCCGCACCUGACUGCUUCCCGGAUAAGGUGAAGGCCUUUGGGCCGGGCCUGGAGCCCACUGGCUGCAUCGUGGACAAGCCUGCAGAGUUCACCAUCGAUGCCCGUGCUGCUGGCAAGGGAGACCUGAACCUGUAUGCCCAGGAUGCUGAUGGCUGCCCUGUCAACAUCAUGGUCAUCCCCAAUGGCGACGGCACCUUCCGCUGCUCCUACGUGCCCACCAAGCCCAUUAAACACACCAUCAUCAUCUCCUGGGGAGGCGUCAAUGUGCCUAAGAGCCCCUUCCGGGUGAACGUGGGAGAAGGCAGUCACCCCGAGCGGGUGAAGGUGUAUGGCCCAGGCGUGGAGAAGACGGGCCUCAAGGCCAACGAGCCUACCUAUUUCACUGUGGACUGCAGCGAGGCUGGGCAAGGUGACGUGAGUAUCGGCAUCAAGUGUGCUCCCGGAGUGGUGGGCCCUGCAGAAGCUGACAUCGACUUUGACAUCAUCAAGAACGACAAUGACACCUUCACAGUCAAGUACACCCCCCCAGGGGCCGGCCGCUACACCAUUAUGGUGCUGUUUGCCAACCAGGAGAUCCCUGCCAGCCCCUUCCACAUUAAGGUGGACCCAUCCCACGAUGCCAGCAAAGUCAAGGCUGAGGGCCCUGGGCUGAACCGCACGGGUGUGGAAGUCGGGAAGCCCACUCACUUCACGGUGCUGACCAAGGGAGCCGGCAAGGCCAAGCUGGACGUGCACUUUGCCGGGGCUGCCAAGGGUGAGGCCGUGCGGGACUUUGAAAUCAUCGACAACCAUGACUACUCCUACACCGUCAAGUACACGGCCGUCCAGCAGGGCAACAUGGCAGUGACGGUGACCUACGGUGGGGACCCUGUCCCCAAGAGCCCCUUUGUGGUGAAUGUGGCACCCCCACUGGACCUCAGCAAAGUCAAAGUUCAAGGCCUGAACAGCAAGGUGGCUGUGGGGCAAGAACAGGCCUUCUCUGUGAACACACGUGGGGCUGGCGGUCAAGGGCACCUGGAUGUGCGGAUGACUUCACCCUCCCGUCGCCCCAUCCCUUGCAAGCUGGAGCCUGGGGGCGGAGCUGAAACCCAGGCCGUGCGCUACAUGCCCCCUGAGGAGGGACCCUACAAGGUGGACAUCACCUACGACGGUCACCCAGUGCCCGGUAGCCCCUUUGCUGUGGAGGGUGUCCUGCCCCCUGAUCCCUCCAAGGUUUGUGCUUAUGGGCCUGGUCUCAAGGGUGGCCUGGUAGGCACCCCGGCACCGUUCUCCAUUGACACCAAGGGGGCUGGCACGGGCGGCCUGGGGCUGACUGUGGAGGGCCCCUGUGAGGCCAAGAUUGAGUGCCAGGACAACGGUGAUGGCUCAUGUGCUGUCAGCUACCUGCCCACGGAGCCCGGCGAGUACACCAUCAACAUCUUGUUUGCCGAAGCCCACAUCCCUGGCUCACCCUUCAAGGCCACCAUCCGGCCCGUGUUCGACCCGAGCAAGGUGCGGGCCAGUGGGCCGGGCCUGGAGCGUGGCAAGGCUGGCGAGGCGGCCACCUUCACAGUGGACUGCUCGGAGGCUGGCGAGGCUGAGCUGACCAUCGAGAUCCUGUCAGACGCCGGUGUCAAGGCCGAGGUGCUGAUCCACAACAAUGCCGACGGCACCUACCACAUCACCUACAGCCCCGCCUUUCCUGGCACCUACACAAUUACCAUCAAGUAUGGCGGGCACCCUGUCCCCAAAUUCCCUACCCGCGUCCACGUGCAGCCUGCUGUCGACACCAGUGGAGUCAAGGUCUCAGGGCCCGGGGUGGAGCCUCACGGUGUCCUGCGUGAGGUGACCACUGAGUUCACUGUGGAUGCAAGAUCCCUAACAGCCACAGGUGGGAACCACGUGACAGCUCGUGUGCUCAACCCCUCGGGUGCUAAGACGGACACCUAUGUGACAGACAACGGGGACGGCACCUACCGAGUGCAGUACACAGCCUAUGAAGAGGGCGUGCAUCUGGUGGAGGUCCUGUAUGAUGACGUAGCUGUGCCCAAGAGCCCCUUCCGAGUGGGCGUGACCGAGGGCUGUGACCCCACCCGCGUGAGGGCCUUUGGGCCUGGCCUGGAGAGCGGCUUGGUCAACAAGGCCAACCACUUCACUGUGGAGACCAGGGGAGCUGGCACCGGAGGCCUUGGCCUAGCCAUCGAGGGCCCCUCAGAAGCCAAGAUGUCCUGCAAGGACAACAAAGAUGGUAGCUGUACCGUGGAGUACAUCCCUUUCACCGCUGGAGACUACGACGUCAACAUCACCUUUGGGGGGCGGCCCAUCCCAGGGAGCCCGUUCCGGGUGCCGGUGAAGGAUGUGGUGGACCCUGGGAAGGUGAAGUGCUCAGGGCCGGGGCUGGGGGCCGGUGUCAGGGCCCGGGUACCCCAGACCUUCACGGUGGACUGCAGCCAAGCCGGCCGGGCCCCACUGCAAGUGGCCGUGCUGGGCCCCACAGGUGUAGCCGAGCCUGUAGAGGUGCGUGACAAGGGAGAUGGCACCCACACCGUCCACUACACCCCAGCCACCGAUGGGCCCUACACGGUAGCCGUCAAGUAUGCCGACCAGGAGGUACCACGCAGCCCUUUCAAGAUCAAGGUGCUUCCUGCCCAUGAUGCCAGCAAGGUGCGGGCCAGCGGCCCCGGCCUCAACGCCUCUGGCAUCCCUGCCAGCCUGCCCGUGGAGUUCACCAUCGAUGCCCGGGAUGCCGGUGAGGGUUUGCUCACCGUCCAGAUCCUGGACCCGGAGGGAAAGCCCAAGAAAGCCAACAUCCGAGACAACGGGGAUGGCACGUACACCGUGUCCUACCUGCCAGACAUGAGUGGCCGGUACACCAUCACCAUCAAGUAUGGCGGCGACGAGAUCCCCUACUCGCCCUUCCGCAUCCACGCCCUGCCCACCGGGGAUGCCAGCAAGUGUCUUGUCACAGUGUCCAUUGGAGGCCAUGGCCUGGGUGCCUGCUUGGGACCCCGCAUCCAGAUCGGGGAGGAGACAGUGAUCACGGUGGACGCCAAGGCGGCAGGCAAGGGGAAGGUGACGUGCACGGUAUCCACUCCGGAUGGGGCGGAGCUCGACGUGGAUGUGGUUGAGAACCACGAUGGUACCUUUGACAUCUACUAUACAGCGCCCGAGCCGGGCAAGUACGUCAUCACCAUCCGCUUUGGAGGCGAGCACAUCCCCAACAGCCCCUUCCACGUGCUGGCGUGUGACCCCAUGCCCCACGUGGAGGAGCCUCCCGAUGUGCUGCAGCCGCACCGGCCCGGCCCCUACCCCACACACUGGGCCACAGAGGAGCCAGUGGUGCCUGUAGAGCCAAUGGAGUCCAUGCUUAGGCCCUUCAACCUGGUCAUCCCCUUCACCGUGCAGAAAGGGGAACUCACAGGGGAGGUACGGAUGCCCUCUGGGAAAACAGCCCGGCCCAACAUCACCGACAAUAAGGAUGGAACCAUCACGGUGAGGUAUGCACCCACCGAGAAAGGCCUGCACCAGAUGGGGAUCAAGUAUGACGGCAACCACAUCCCUGGAAGCCCCCUGCAGUUUUAUGUGGAUGCCAUCAAUAGCCGCCAUGUGAGUGCUUAUGGGCCAGGCCUGAGCCAUGGCAUGGUCAACAAGCCGGCCACCUUCACCAUUGUCACCAAGGAUGCUGGGGAAGGGGGCCUGUCCCUGGCUGUGGAGGGCCCAUCCAAGGCAGAGAUCACCUGCAAGGACAACAAGGAUGGCACCUGCACCGUAUCCUACUUACCCACAGCGCCUGGAGACUACAGCAUCAUCGUGCGCUUUGAUGACAAGCACAUCCCAGGAAGCCCCUUCACGGCCAAGAUCACAGGCGAUGACUCGAUGAGGACAUCACAGCUCAAUGUGGGCACCUCCACGGAUGUGUCACUGAAGAUCACGGAGAGUGACCUGAGCCUGCUGACUGCCAGCAUCCGCGCCCCCUCAGGCAACGAGGAGCCCUGCCUAUUGAAGCGCCUGCCCAACAGGCACAUUGGCAUCUCCUUCACCCCGAAGGAGGUUGGGGAGCACGUGGUAAGCGUGCGCAAAAGUGGCAAGCAUGUCACCAACAGCCCCUUCAAGAUCCUGGUGGGGCCAUCUGAGAUCGGAGAUGCCAGCAAGGUGCGGGUCUGGGGCAAGGGCCUGUCCGAGGGACACACCUUCCAGGUGGCGGAGUUCAUCGUGGACACUCGCAACGCAGGUUACGGGGGCCUGGGGUUGAGUAUUGAAGGCCCUAGCAAGGUGGACAUCAACUGUGAGGACAUGGAAGAUGGCACAUGCAAAGUCACCUACUGCCCCACUGAGCCUGGCACCUACAUCAUCAACAUCAAAUUUGCUGACAAGCACGUGCCUGGUAAGCUUUGGGCCACAGCUGGGCAGGGAGAGGCCAGGAGGCCGGUGUCUGAGCCAUCCGCUCCCCCCGCCUCUCCCCCUCCAGGAAGCCCGUUCACUGUGAAGGUUACCGGUGAGGGUCGCAUGAAGGAAAGCAUCACGCGGCGGAGACAGGCACCUUCCAUUGCCACCAUUGGUAGCACCUGUGACCUCAAUCUCAAGAUCCCAGGGAACUGGUUCCAGAUGGUGUCUGCCCAGGAGCGCCUGACGCGCACCUUCACACGCAGCAGCCACACCUACACCCGCACAGAACGCACGGAGAUCAGCAAGACGCGCGGCGGAGAGACCAAGCGCGAGGUGCGGGUAGAGGAGUCCACCCAGGUUGGUGGAGACCCCUUCCCCGCGGUCUUCGGGGACUUCUUGGGCCGGGAGCGCCUGGGCUCCUUUGGCAGCAUCACCCGGCAGCAAGAGGGGGAGGCCAGUUCCCAGGACAUGACUGCACAGGUGACCAGCCCAUCGGGCAAGAUGGAAGCCGCAGAGAUUGUCGAGGGAGAAGACAGCGCGUACAGUGUGCGUUUUGUGCCCCAGGAAAUGGGGCCCCAUACCGUCACCGUCAAGUACCGCGGCCAGCACGUACCUGGCAGUCCCUUUCAGUUCACUGUGGGGCCGCUGGGUGAAGGUGGUGCCCACAAAGUGCGGGCUGGAGGCACAGGACUGGAGCGAGGUGUGGCCGGUGUGCCAGCUGAAUUCAGCAUUUGGACCCGAGAAGCUGGUGCUGGAGGCCUGUCUAUUGCCGUGGAGGGUCCCAGCAAGGCGGAGAUUUCAUUUGAGGACCGAAAAGAUGGCUCCUGUGGGGUCUCCUAUGUUGUCCAGGAACCAGGUGACUAUGAGGUCUCCAUCAAGUUCAAUGAUGAACACAUACCAGAUAGCCCUUUUGUGGUACCUGUGGCCUCCCUCUCAGAUGAUGCUCGCCGCCUCACUGUCACCAGCCUCCAGGAAACAGGGCUCAAGGUGAACCAGCCGGCGUCCUUUGCGGUGCAGCUGAAUGGUGCUCGGGGUGUGAUUGAUGCGAGGGUGCACACGCCCUCGGGUGCGGUGGAGGAGUGCUACGUCUCUGAGCUGGACAGCGACAAGCACACCAUCCGCUUCAUCCCCCACGAGAACGGCGUCCACUCUAUUGAUGUCAAGUUCAACGGUGCCCACAUCCCUGGCAGUCCCUUCAAGAUCCGCGUUGGGGAACAGAGCCAGGCUGGGGACCCAGGCUUGGUGUCAGCUUAUGGUCCUGGACUUGAGGGAGGCACUACUGGUGUGUCAUCAGAGUUCAUUGUCAACACCCUGAAUGCGGGCUCAGGGGCCUUGUCUGUCACCAUCGAUGGCCCCUCCAAGGUGCAGCUGGACUGUCGGGAGUGUCCUGAGGGCCAUGUUGUCACUUACACUCCCAUGGCUCCUGGCAACUACCUCAUUGCCAUCAAGUACGGUGGCCCCCAGCACAUCGUGGGCAGCCCCUUCAAGGCCAAAGUCACAGGUCCCCGGCUGUCUGGAGGCCACAGCCUUCAUGAAACAUCCACAGUUCUGGUGGAGACCGUGACCAAAUCCUCCUCAAGCCGUGGCUCCAGCUACAGCUCCAUCCCCAAAUUCUCCUCGGAUGCCAGCAAGGUGGUGACACGGGGCCCUGGGCUGUCCCAGGCCUUUGUGGGCCAGAAGAACUCCUUCACCGUGGACUGCAGCAAAGCAGGCACCAACAUGAUGAUGGUGGGCGUGCAUGGGCCCAAGACCCCCUGUGAGGAGGUGUACGUGAAGCACAUGGGGAACCGGGUCUACAAUGUCACCUACACCGUCAAGGAGAAAGGGGACUACAUCCUCAUUGUCAAGUGGGGCGACGAAAGUGUUCCCGGAAGCCCCUUCAAAGUCAACGUGCCCUGAAUCCCUGAAGUGCCUCCCCCAGCCUCAGCCCCCACCUCCGGCCAAUGCACUCACACACACACACACACACAUACACAAACACACGUACCACACCUAGAUGCACACGCACAGAAUCAGAUACCACAAAUACCUGCCCUGGGGUGUGAAGUGAACGGCCUAGCCUCCCCACCCUGCCAUGCCCCCAGGGGUUGGAGGGCUUUGUCUGUCUCAGGGCAGUGUUCCUCCCGUGAAUGUGACACGAAGGUGGGCUGGGGGAGGGCUGAGGCCAGUGGGGAAGCAUGUGUUUGGGGGUGUCUGCGUGUGUGAGAGAGGGCACCCUCAAACCGCACUGCCGGCCAGACCACCUUGCUGCUAAGGACUGUGUCUGGCCCCUCUGGUGGCCACGACCCCAGAGUGUUAAGGACUUGGAAAAGAAAGCACAAUCGGAGGAGAAAACAGACCCAGAACCAGCAGCAGCGCUGGCACGUGGCCUGGCCCACAGCGAUUUUUAUCUGCCCCAGCCAGGCUUCCUGGAGGACUGCUUUCUUUCUCCCUCUCUCUUUUUUUUUUUUUUUUUACGGUUGCACAGCUCUGCCCCAUGGGGGGCCUUUUUUACACACUGCGAGGCCCAGCUUUCUGGGGAGACUUUUGCACACGGCAUGCGGCUCUGCUGGGAGUCGCGUAAGUGGAAAACUCCAAAUAAAGUUUGGCCUGUCGCAGAG